CAACGGUGUUAAAAGAGUUGAACCCGAUAAACGCUAGCUCGCGGCAGAGUCUGUGUAAUUAAAUCUAGGGUUUCUUUCGCACUCAAUAAAAAAGAGGGACAAAAAGCACCCCCUUCUUCACCAUUCAGAUUACUCCUCUCGUUAGCCUUAAAAUUUGGCCAUUAUUUUUUGGGCGUCAUUCGGUAUCUAAUUUCAGGAAGAUCGUAGCUUCUCUUUUAACCUGUUGAGCAUUAUCAUCCUCUUGAGGAUCAUUCACAUUCUCUCUUGAUUGUCUCGAUAAUUAUUUGUGCCAUGCUUUUAAUCAUCCUUUAUUGAUAAUUAAUAAUCACGUUGAAACUCCUUGAAGCCAUAUCUAAUGGCACAAAUUCAAUCAAAAUUCUCACUCUUGAACUCCUUUUGGCCUUUCGUUUUGUUUCGGCCUGCCCAUUUUUGUAUCUUUCUCUCUUCAAAUGCUUGUGGCUUCUGUGCUUCUACCACAGUUGCUGUGAAAGCAUAUAUUUCCAGAUAUACAAGAUGCCUAGGACAAGGUCAAAUGCUUCAACAGUUAAAUCAAGUGAACCUGGAAAACCUGCAGCGGCAGAAAAGCCUGUUCAGCUUAUAGAGCCGGUAGUGUCUGAUGGGGAUAAUGAUGAGACAGUUGAAGAAGAAGUUGAGUAUGAAGAGGUAGAAGUGGAAGAAGAAGAGGAGGAGGAGGAGGAGGAGGAAGAGGUCGAAGAAGAGGAAGAAGAAGAGGAAGAGGAGGAGGAAGAAGUUGAGGAGGAAGAAAAGGAUGCGAGUGUCUCUAACAAAGCUGGUUCACGCAAAGGCCAAGAUAGUGAUGAUGAGAUGAUAAAUGCUGAAGCAGCAGAGGAUGAGGAGAAAAAGCAUGCCGAGUUACUUGCCCUUCCUCCUCAUGGUUCAGAAGUAUACCUAGGUGGUAUCCCUCAUGAUGCUUCUGAAGACGAAUUGAAGGGGUUCUGUGGAUCCAUAGGGGAAGUCACAGAGGUCCGUAUUAUGAAAGGAAAAGACUCGAGUGAAAAUAAGGGUUAUGCUUUUGUUACCUUUAGAAGUAAGGAUUUGGCUACCAAGGCCAUUAAAGACCUCAAUAAUACUGAAUUUAAGGGUAGGAAGGUAAAGUGUUCAACAUCUCAAGCGAAGCAUAAGUUAUUUGUAGGUAAUAUUCCUAAAAGUUGGGGAGAGGAAGAUAUAAAGAAAAUUGUGACCAAGGUAGGGCCAGGGGUCAACGGUGUGGAACUGCUAAAGGACCCCCAAAAUUCCAGUCGAAAUCGUGGUUUUGUAUUCAUUGAGUACUAUAAUCAUGCCUGUGCGGAGUAUUCUAGGCAAAAGAUGUCGAACCCAAAAUUUAAGCUCGAUGACAAUGCUCCAACUGUGAGUUGGGCUGACCCGAAAAAUGCAGAAUCAUCUGCUUCUUCACAGGUCAAAGCAGUGUACGUGAAGAACUUACCCAAAAACAUCACCCAGGAUCAGUUAAAAGAUGUUUUUGAGCACCAUGGAAAGAUUACAAAAGUAGUUCUACCUCCUGCAAAGGCAGGACAAGAAAAGAGCAGAUUUGGCUUUGUUCACUUUGCGGACAGGUCAAGUGCCCUAAAGGCUUUAAAGAACACCGAGAAGUAUGAGAUAGAAGGCCAAGUGUUGGAGUGCUCACUUGCCAAGCCUCAAGCAGAUCAAAGGUCAUCUGGAUUUUCAAGUUCUUCAAAAGCAGCGUUGCUUCCUAGUUACCAGCCUCCAGUUGGUUAUGGAUUGGUUGGGGGUGCCUAUGGUGCUCUCAGUGCUGGAUAUGGCGGUGCAGGCUUUGGGCAGCCACUGGUAUAUGGAAGGGGACCCGCACCUGGCAUGGCAAUGAUGCCUAUGCUUCUCCCAGAUGGAAGAAUUGGAUAUGUUUUGCAGCAGCCAGGAGCACAGCCCUACAGUAGUCCACCACCUCCCCAACAACAAAGAGGUGGUAGGAGUGGAGGAAGGAGUGGUGGAAGUUCAAGUGGUGGAAGGAGUGGAGGAAGAGGUGGGGGUGGAAGCUCUAGUGGUGGAAGGCGUGACAGUGGCGGCUACAGUGGUGGUCGUAACCGUUAUAAUCCAUACUAACAAUCUUUAUAUCCUCUGAGGAUUACCUGACAACAAAUGUUUAUCAAAUUAUGCAUGUUCUGAUAUUUUAAAUUUCAGUUUAAUGCUUGGCAUAUUUUCGGAUUCUCAAGUGUUGCAAUCAAAGUCCUGUUAAAACUUUUA